UUAUUUAUUUAUUUGACCGUUAACUUUUGUAGAAAGAAUUUGUUCUUUGGCGCUUGAAAAGAAAAUCGGGUAAUGAAUCUAAAACUAAAGAACCAAGUCGCAGUUCUAAAUCUGACUCAGGAAAUUAUGUUGUGGAAAAUACAGGUCCUCAGGUAAACCACGACCGACCUGCAGUAGAAUUAGAUCCACUCGACUCUAUUGGAUUUGAUCACAACCGUCUCUCUGCACCGGAGUUGCCGAUGCACCAGGAGCAUGGAUCCUUGUAUUCUAAUUUGUCUAUUAAUGAGUUUGGCUCUAGUUCGCAGGAAGAUGACUUCUUUAAGUCACUAUUGGCUUCCAAGGAUGGAUACUGGGAAAAGACUCUCAUCCAUGACAAAGACAAUGAAAAGUUAUAUGAAGAGAGUGGCCAAGAUUUGGAAACUCCAUCCUCUCCAGAUCGAGACAGCUCAUUCAGACCUGUCAACUCAGCUGCGGAUUAUCCUCAGAUCAAUUGUAUUCAUUUGGUCCAUGAUGAUUUUCCUAUUAGCAAAAGAACCUUCAAAGCUCAACAUCUACCAAAAUCGGAGGACUUCAUUAAAAAAGAAUGUUCUCCUAGAACACUCCAAUUGUGGGCUAAAAGUUCACAAAAAGCAAUAUCUAAGUAUGAGGGGAGAGCAGCAGAGCAUGGCUUUUAUCUACCCUUGGAGGAGAACUCUGUUGUGAAGUUUGGGGCAGAGUGGAAAAAGGCUCAAAGAAUUAAUUCGAAAAAAAGUUUGAGGUUUAUAUCCAACCAAUCUGAUGGCAGCAACAGAGAGGGUUGUUUCAGUUCCCUGGAGACACCAUUUCUGGACCAUAAAACAAAUUCAGAAUAUAUUCGCAAUGUGCUUGUAGCUGUUAUUCUGUUCAUAUUCUUUAUUUGGGAAAUUGGGUCUCUUCACUGAGUAAUAUAGACAAAGAGACAACAUCUCCUAUUCCUACAUGCAUUGGCGGAUAAGCAUGAAUCCAUAGCAAUCUUGGUGAUUUUUUAUUGAUGUUGUAAGUGUGUUUGAGGUCUUGUUUUUUGGUGGUGUAAAGUUAUGA